GUUUUUCAUGGAAAAUGGAUUGCACAGGUGCAAAGGACGAGAGCUUCGUGGGUUCCAAAUGACAGGCUGCUGUGAGGGAGGAGGAGGACGGAGCGCCGCACAGAUGGAUGUGACAGCACCACGCAGCAGGCACACGUCUAUCUUCUUCUUCUGCUCCGUCUUCUACCACUAACAUGGAUUCUUCUCCAACGCCGCCCGCGUACGACCACUACCGCUCCACGCUGUCGCCCACCAUGGACAUCGGCGCUGGCUUCUACCUGCUGUUUAUCACCGUGUUCUCCAUCAUGGGCAACCUGCUGGUUCUGGUGAUGGCCUUCAGCCGUUCCUCCCGCAUGAAGCCUCCCGAGCUCCUGAGCGUCAACCUGGCGGUGACCGACCUGGGGGCGGCGGUCACCAUGUACCCCCUGGCCGUGGCCUCGGCCUGGAGCCACCGCUUCCUCGGCGGGGACGCCGCCUGCCUGUACUACGGCCUGGCCGGCUUCUUCUUCGGCGUGGCCAGCAUCAUGAAUCUCACGGUCUUGGCCAUCGUGCGCUUUGUGGUGUCGAUGGGCCUGCAGUCGCCCAAGGACAAAGUGAGCUGGCGGCACGUCAAGCUUCUGUGUUCGUGGUCUUGGCUGUACGCUCUGGUCUGGGCUCUCAUGCCAGUCCUGGGCUGGGGCCAAUACGGUCCGGAGCCUUUCGGCCUGUCCUGCUCCCUGGCGUGGGGUCGUCUGAGGAGCGAGGACUCCUCCUUCGUGGUGGCCAUGUUCUCCUUCAACCUGGCUCUGCCGGCCGCCGUCAUCGUGUGCUGCUACUUCGGCAUCGCCAUCAAACUCUACGUCACCUACAAGAAGUCUCUGGGACACGGGCGACGCAUCCCCAAUGUACUCAAGAUGCACCGCAGGCUGUUCACGAUGGCGGUGCUGAUCAGCCUGAGCUUCAUCGUCUGCUGGUCUCCUUACAGCAUCGUGAGCAUGUGGUCAGCCAUCGGGCCCGGCAGCUCCAUCCCGCCUCAACUCAGCGUUCUGCCCUGCAUGUUCGCCAAGAGCUCCACAGCUUGCAACCCCGUCAUCUACUACAUUUUCAGCCAGAGCUUCAAGCGGGAGGUCAAGCAAGUGAUGCGCUGCCGGCCGGGAUUAAACCAGUGUUGCGGCGGUGAGGACGCCGAGCGAGCCAAAGAAGGAGCGUCCCAGUCGGGUUCCAAGGGGGAAGGGGGCGCGACCACGCAGGUUUGA